AUGUCCAGAGACGCACCCCCCGGUACCAAGGUGUACGUCGGCAACCUUGAGCCGGACACGCAGGAGUCGGUGCUGUCGGAUGAGUUCUCCAAGUACGGACGCAUCUCCAGCUGCUGGUUGGCCCGCAACCCUUCUGGCUUCGCCUUCGUCCAGUUCGAGGACCCUCGUGAUGCGGAGGACGCAGUCACCGGACUGGCCGGCAAGAACGGGUGGCGCGUUGAGGUAGCGCGCCCACCCCGUGCCCGUGAUGACCGCUUCGGUGGUGGUCCCCCCGGUGGUGGCGACCGCAGGGACUACGAGCGCCGCGACGACCGGGAUCGCAGGGAACGCAGCCCCGUCCCCGAGCGCAGGCGCGAGCGCAGCCCGGCCGGCGAGCGGGACCGCAGGGACAGGAGCCCCCCCGCGGCGGUGGACCGCGACCGCCGUGGCUCCCCCGAGUACUGA